AUGGAAGAAAAGUUAAAUGAAAUGGAACAAGCUGGUAUCAUCACAAGGACAUCAACGCCUUACAGUAGUCCAUUGACAUUCACUCUUAAAAAAGACGGCUCAAUUAGAGUUCUGCUUGAUGCCAGAAGCAUAAAUAAGAAAAUGGUUGCAGAAACAGAGAAACCACCUAUACAAUUAGAUGUUUUGAAUUCAUUUCACGGAGCGAAUUAUAUCACUACCAUUGACUUAAAUAAUGCAUAUUUUCAAAUUCCGAUAAAUAAAGAUGGUAGAAAAUAUACUGGAUUCACAUUCAAUGGAAAGUCAUAUGUAUAUAAUGUUUUGCCGCAAGGAUUAAAAACAUCAGUAGGAAGCUUUAGCAGAGCCAUGAAUUUAAUAUUAGGACCAGAAGUCCAAGAAUUUUGUGUGAACUAUUUAGAUGAUCUAGCCAUUAUUACAACAGGAACGUUAGAUAAACAUUUGGAGCACAUUGAUAUUGUUUUAAGUAAAUUGAACAAAGCUGGCUUAACGUGUAACUUGCAGAAAUGUGAAUUUAUUUGUAAAGAAAUUAAAAUGCUGGGUUUUAUAAUUUCAACAGAAGGCAUAAAGACAUAUCCCGAUAAGAUUCGAGCGAUCCAAGAGUUUCCAGCACCUAAAAAGAUUAAACAAUUAAGGGCCUUUUUAGAUCUAUGCAAUUUUUAUAAAAGGUUUAUACCAAAUUACAGCGAGAGCAUAAUACCGCUCUGUGAAUUACUUAAAAAGGGACGAAAGUUCCAAUGGAGCGGUAAAGAACAGAAGGCAUUUGAUUUUAUAAAACAACAAUUUAUUAAUACAAUACAAUUGCAUCAUCCAGACUUUAAUAAGCCGUAUUAUUUACAAACAGAUUGUUCCGGUGUGGGUAUGGCCGGAGUACUAUAUCAGAUAGAUAAUAAUGAAAUGAGAAUUUUAGGCUAUCAUAGUAAAGCCUUAAAAGGCCCCGAAUUAAAUUGGUCUGUUACUGAACAAGAGUUUUAUGCUGUAAUAAGCUGCCUAAAGAAAUUUGAAACAUAUUUGAGGGGCAGUAAAGUAAUAAUACUAACUGAUCAUAAAGCAUUAUUGUUUAUUAAUAAUAUUUUAAUGGUUAUUCAAUGGUAG